AUUGUAAUUGAGGGUUCCGGGAGGGUUUUCCAUCUCUUUAGGUUUUGAGAACACAUUUCUGAGUUUCCAUUUGUUCAUAGAAUCAGUACGUUACCUGAAGAACUUCUACAAUCAUUCCACAAGUUGAUAAGAGGUUUUCGAAGCAAAAUCAGAAUUCUGUGGGUUUUGUCUUUUCACAUUCCACCACCAGACUUUCAAUUUAAACCGAAGAGUUACUCAUCAGCCAUUUCUACAGUCAAAGGUACUUCUUUAUCCAUGCUCUAGUAUUGGGUUUUGAAUUACUAAUAGUAAUGUUGAGCAAAAUCGAAGAUUAGGGAUUUUGUUUCCUGGUAAGGGUUUUUGUUUUUGCUAAGUUUUUUGAGCAAAAUUGGAGUUUAGGGUUCUGAACAACGAAUAUUGGGGGUUUACUCUUCAGUUCAGACUUUAGAUUAACCCUUAGAGAAUGGAAGAUAAUGGGGAAGAUAGAAUCAGUAGGUUACCAGAUGCCUUGAUUCAUCAUAUUUUGUCUUUCAUUGAUACAAAAUAUGCUGUCCAAAGUAGUGUUUUGUCAAAAAGGUGAAUUCAUAUUUGGAAAUCUCUUCCCUUUCUUUACUUUGAAAGGAGGUCAUUCUUAAUAGAUUCCAGAUAUAAUGAGAAGUUCGUAAAAUUGGUAGACAUGGUAUUACUUUUUCGUGACGAUUCUCAUAUUCAGAAGUUUUUUGUGGAAUGGGACAACAGUGCGCAUAAGAAAGCAGUCAUAGGACAUGUUAAUAGAUGGAUGCUUGUUGCUGUUAGGCGUAAUGUUCAAGAAAUAACUGUACGUAUCGGUCAGAAUAAUCAUAUAAUGUAUAAAAUUCCUCAUCAGCUGUUCAAUUGUAAGUCUUUGAGGAAGUUGAGUAUGAUAAAAUGUGGAGGAGGCAAAAGCGCAGGUAUUACUUUACCAAAAUCAAUGUGUUUUCCUCAGCUUCAGGUACUGUGUCUUGUCGGAUUUUCAGUUUCUAAUGUGGAAUUAAUGGAAAAAUUCCUUUCAAGCUGUCCAGUUCUAAAGACAUUUCACAUUAGUGAGUUUGAUAUAGGAACUCAACACAAUUUGAUUGUUGAAUCCACCUGCCUUGAAAAUUUGGUAUUAGACACUAGUUGUUGUAUACAUCUUGGGCAGACCGAUCAUGGUGUGACUAGCGUUACCAAGUUAUGUGCUCCAAAACUCAAAGACUUUGUCUGCACAGGUUUAAUGACUCAAGAGUAUUCUUUUGGCAACUUUUAUUCGCUAGUCAGUGCUGCUAUUUUAAUGAAACUAAAAAAGAAAAGUAAAGAUGAAAUUCUAGAUACAUAUUCAAAGCUGCCUGUAGAGGAAAAAGAAGUUUACGCCAAAUCUAUGAUGAAGUUUCUGGUGGCAGUUCAUAAAGUGGCAUCUAUGAGAUUGUCAUUUGGAUUCCUUGAGGUUCUCUCACGAGCUCCCAAUUUAUUAGACUGUCCGCACUUCUGUAAUCUGCAAUAUUUGCAGCUGGAAAUGUGGUUUACUAGAGACAGCUUGCGCUCAAUAGCAUACUUACUCAGAAACUCUCCCAUUAUAUAUUCUGUUGUCCUUACGUCAAUGGAGUCGAAUUCAGAAGACAUUGGAACUGAUUGGGAAGCAGGACUGUCAUUGCCAGGCAUGUUGUCUAGACUCAAGAUUGUCGAGAUUAAAGCAGUGGUAGGAUGUGACUCGGAGCUAAAACUUUUGAGUUUUUUGUUGAAAAAUGCAAGGUUUUGGAGGAAGUUGCUCUUUUCUUUCGUUCUAGCGUUGGCUCGCCUGAUAGAGUGAGACAAGUGAAACAAUUCAGAGAUAAGCUCAGAGCACUUCCAACAGCCUCUUCAAAUAUCAAAAUUAUGUUGUUCUAACCUUGGUAGAUAACACUGCUAUCUUGUUAAAACUUGUAACAGAAAGUAACCAGAAUACCAGAUGCAGUAAAAAGAAAAGAAGACAAGACAAGGCUUCCCUAAGGAAAUCAAAUCCUCCUCCUUUUUUUUUUCCGCGAGGGAAACAAAAAGAUGGAGAGCAUAUAUGCAAUGGGGGGAUCAUAAGUUUGUUCGAGUGUUUGUUGCGGACAGAAGUUACCAAGAUAAUGGCCAAUCUCAGCCUCACGAAGUUGAAGAUUCAGCCAAGUACAUUCAUAUUAUGCAAUCAUCAAGUAAUCAAAUUACAGGAAUACUGGAACAAAUAACCAAAUUACAAACUCCAACAGCACUUCAAUUCACAGAACAAGCUGGAGAUGUGCAUCCAUCGUCUUUGCCCGGAUACAUUAGCCUAAGAAUAGUCCCAACCGUUGGAUUAUAUUCCUGUCUCAUUUUUCUAAUUCCUGCUUAGAUCUCAAAAUUUCAGCCCAAAAUUCUUUCUGAAUGAUGCGUUCUUCAACAAUAUUGUCAUCUGUUCUUACUAAUCUUAAGACCAUUGUUAUUACUAUUACAAUCCUCGUUCCACUGAAACUGCCAGAAGAAGAAGAUGAAACUUUAUUUUGUUGUUGAUGAUUCACUCACACAAUGAUUUUUUCUCUCAGGAUUCGAUUUUGCUACGCUUAUCUUUGCUUGUAUUGCAAUACAAUGAAUCUACUGCUUUUGGGGAUUGAAAGCGGAUCGCCAACUCUCCUAUACUGUCGGGCAAGUUUCUUCUGUAGUUGUGGGGAAUGGAGUCUGUAGAUGAUCUAACUCCAAUUAAGGAGUAGCAAGCAAGAACAUGAGAGCAUUACACUCCAUUAAACUUUUUGGUGUCAGCAACAUGGAGUGUGAAAACAAAUAUGAUGGAGCAUGUUUACAGAUUUAUGUGGAACCCUGAGCAAGUUUUCAAACCUCUGCAACAAUAACACUAAUCAAGGGGUUGUGUGUGCAAGAAUUUUCAAACCUCUAACAAACUCGGUGAUCAAUAGAUGGAUAUUAAUGAUGAAUAUUCGGUACCCAACUCCAGAAACCAGCUCAUCUUAAUGAUUCUUUCUUUCAAUUUCUCAUUGAUAAGUUCGACGCAAAAAUGGCAGGAUGGAAAAGAAGUUUUAUGACCCAUGCAGACAGAAUUGUGAUGAGCUGGACAGAGUUGGGACUCAUACCAGUAUACCACCAUAUUAUAUGGCUAUGUCGAUUAUCCUCAAGAGAACAUUGGAUAAAUUCACUAGAUCCAUGCAUAAUGGUUGGUGAGUACAUGCUAGAGAUGUGAGAAAAGCGCAUUUUAUCAGGUGGAGCCAGUUUGAGAAGUCUAAAGAUAUGGGUGGUAUGGGAAUCCAUCUAGCUAUUAUAGCGAAGCUCAUUUGGAAUCUUUUUGAAACCCUGACUGUUUGUGGAGUCAGUUAAUGAAGGCUAAGUAAAUCAAGAAUUGUAACUGUUGGGAGGUGAAAAAACCAAAUAAAUGUUCAUCUACAUGGGCCGCUAUGUUGAAGUGUCGAGAUGUUGUGAAAGAAGGGAGUUGCUGGUCUGUUGGAAAUGGUGAAAAUAUCAAUAUUCGGUGUGAUCCCUGGGUUCCUAAUCUCCCCAGUAAGGCUCCUCAACUAAAGCAAAUGGCAGCUGAGUCUACUACUGCUGUGCAGGAGUUGAUUGUGAAGGAUCAAAACAUUUGGGAUGAAGUCAAGCUGCAGCAGCUCUCUACCCCUCACGAAGUCAGCAAAUUUUUUGAAAUCCACAUUCCUACUGCUCAAGACGAGUCUCUUUCUGACUAGCUACUUUGGAUCCAUCAUCCUAACGGGAAGUCCUCGUUUAAGUCCUUUGUCAAAACUCCACAAGACAGACAACCUUCCUCUUCUACUAUUAAUGGAGACUUUCCUUGGAGGUAGUUUUGGAAGAUAAGAUGCUUACCACCAAAAAUUCAGCUUUUCAUCUGGAGACUUCUUAAUAAUGGGCUUGCAGUGGGUCAAAACUUAUUGAGGUUCAUUAUUUUCUAUACUAUCAGACUACCCAAGUUGGCAAGCUCUGUGAUGUUUGCCUCACCAAUGAAUUUUAGAGCUGCAGAGAUCCCUCACUUGACUUGCAAGGAUCAUAUUGCUAGCUGGGUGUUGGAGGGAGGGGAACAUUCAAAGUUGAAAAUGGGAGCUAGUCUUCUUUGGGCUUUAUGUAAUUCAAGAAAUAAACUCAUCUUCAGUGGUGGUAGUACCAACAUUCAAGCUAUUAUUAAUAAUGCUUUAUUCUGGUACAAUAUGGAUGUGUCCUCAAGAAAAUCUGGGAAUCCCCACUGAACAAGAUCUCCUUGAUUCAUACUGUGUUGAGUGGAAAACUCCUCCUGACGGCAAGAUGAAGAUAAAUUUUGAUGGAGCAGCAGACGUAAAGGCUAUGCUAGAGAGCUAAGUUUCAACUCUCCCAUUGAAGCUGAAGCUCAGGGUGUACUAUUGGGAAUUGAAUUUCACUGAUAUUGUAUUGGAAGGGGAUUUGCUGUGGAUGUUCACAAUGGGUAAAGUUCUUGCAAGAAUUUCUUGUCGUGAAAUAGUAGGCCAUCGAUGAUUGUUCUCGAAAGAUUAGGAGUUCUAUUAGCCUAUUUAUCUCAGGAGGAGUUUGUGUUGGUUUGAGCUUUGCCGUGGAGACGGCAAAUAAAUGAGUACCGAAACAUCUUGGCCCUUUAAAAUACAAACAUAAAAACCAUAGUACAAA